CUACACCCCAAGUUCUUCAAACGGGGCCACUCCGACCAUCUUGCAACAUGAUGUCCCCCAAAUUCCUCAUUCUUCUUUUCUCUUUCCUUCUUCUUGGAAGCUCCCUAGCCCGGGUUGUGCCCGCUCAAAAUCAGCACCAAGAGGAGUUAGAACGCGGCUUCAUUCUCCCUCGCGAUGACAAAGGUCCCGCUAUCGAAGUCUUCCGGGACGAAAGCGUGCGGCCAUCGGAAGAAACUCGAAAGAUGAAAAAGGACAUGGACACGUGGAUGUGGAGCGCCUUAGCCAAAUUCGACAAGGAAGUUACCGACGGGCAAAUGGUCCAAAUCGUCGAGGACGCCUUUGCAUCAAUGGUGGAUAGGUGGUCGAAAGAGGAUAUUAAGGGUUACGGAAAACCAAAGGUCAUGACAGCGUUACGUAAGGGAAAUGAGGUCUAUAUUGCUUCGUCCGCCAAGGGAAAACACUUGAUUGUCUAUCAGAGUUUUGAUAAGAAGGUUGAUGGCAUCCAAGGACAUGUGCCAAAGUCGCUCGCAAAUGCACUGACCGCCUGUUGGAAUAACGCCCAGGGCGACAAGGAGCAUCACUCGAAUGACGCCAACUGUGGCGAGAUAAUGACAGCCUGGGCCUACUUUGUUGAGAAGUUGGAUGAAGGCAACUCCGAGGACGUGAAUCUGAAAGGAGCGAAGACCGUCACCUGGGAGCUAUCAUUACAAGAAGUCGAAAAAGAUGGCGAAAAGGUUAAAGAAAGAGUUGGCAAAAUCAAGCCGCCCUGUGGCAAUGCCAAUGACAACAAAUGGGGAUGCCAUAGUGUCAUACAGGAGCUGGGCGUUGAAGCCAUCCCCGAAGGCACUAAGGGAGAGAAAUAUGACCCUCCAAAAGAGCUAUUCCAGCGAGAGCUACUUGGUACGUGCAAGUUGAAGAAACAAUCGAAAUAGGAAUGGACGACCAGGAAGGACACGUCAAUAGCCAUGGAAGCUGCAGUCAUAAGAUUUCUUUGUUUCUUUUUUGUUUUGCCGGAGUUGUACCUCAAUUGCAUGACCAUCACAGUUCUUUUUGGCCAUCUUCCUUGUGAUGUACUGUCAACAAUGAUGAUUGUAAUCAGUGAC